GCCCCAUCCAUUUAACCCCGCCCCUCCGCCGCUUGUCCUUCCUCAAGCCAUGCCAAACCCUAACCCUAGAUUCCCCGUCACAACCCUAACCCUAACUCUCGCCCUCGAUUCCACGCCGGCUCCUCCCUCUCGCCACGGCGGUGGCUGCUUCUGUUCCAUCCUGGCGCCGCCAUGAGCUCCAGGGACCCAGCGGCCGGGCGGCGUUCCGCCUCGUGCCACGGCCUGGCGCCCGGCCGCCUGGCCCUGAUCCAGCGGCCGCAGAGCCAUCAGGAGCUCCCCCGGCGGCCGGAGGUUAAUGGCGCCGUGGGGCAGCGGCUGACGAAGCUGCUGCUAAACGUGACGAUCGAGCGGAGCCUGGGGCCGGUGCACGUGGUGAUGCCGCCGGAGAACACGGUGGCGGAUCUGGUCCGGGAGGCGGUGGAGGCGUACGUCAAGGAGGGCCGCCGGCCACUGCUCCCCCGCACCGAUCCCAAGGCCUUCGACCUCCACUACUCUCAGUAUAGCCUCGAGAGUUUGAAUCCGGAGGAGAAGCUGAUCAACUUGGGAUCUCGGAACUUCUUCUUGUGCUCGAAGCCGGCGAAGGUGGCGCCGGGAUGGCUGAAUGACAGAGCCAAGGAGAUGCCGGUGGCCGCCGUGACGUCGCGGUGAUUCCCUGAGUUUGGGUUAAAUUCUCGAGUCAAAUUUGCAAAACUAUCUGUUCACAUGUUCACGAAUUUGAGCAGGUGAAGAAUUUUCUAUGCAUGUUUGUUUGUUGGAAUGUUAAAAGUAAUUGGUGAAGGGGAAUUUGCAAUAGUUUCAGAUAUUU